UAACGCCUCCAAGACCAAUGACACCACCGCCUUCAAGACUAAUGAUAGUAACGCUUCCAAGAACCAUGAUAAUAAUGCCCCUACGACUAAUGAUUCUAACGCCUCAAUAGGUUAUGUGCCUAGGUCGUCUAGUCCAGAUCUUGGACUUAGUUUCUUCUCCCUAUUCAAAUUAGACGAUAAACCAAUUUCGUAUUACUAUGGAUAUGGUGAUAGG